AUGUACCAAGGUGGAGUCGCAGAGCCCUUGGCUGUGGACGCUCAUCCCGGAUUCGCUUUCAAAAAGUCGGCUGCGUAUGCUGCCACCUUCCGCUACGAGACCGACGAAGAGCGCCUGGACAUGGCAACCCAUUCCCCCCUCCGCACCAGUGGUGGUCGCCAACGUAGUCACUCGAUCCAACAAGACAUGUCCCAGACGUCUCCGCAGCGCCAGACCUCCCCCAUCAAACUAGCAGCAGAACCUCUCUCCGCACUCUACGUGAAAGCGCUGUAUGACUAUAAUGCCGACGAUCGCGCUAGCCUCAGUUUCCGCCAAGGCGAUGUCAUCCAGGUCCUUAAUCGACUCGAGACGGGAUGGUGGGACGGCGUCAUCGGCAAUGUUCGGGGCUGGUUUCCCAGCAAUUACUGUACAACAAUCACCAACCCAGACGAAAUAGAGCACUACGCCUCCCAUCGAAUGAUGAUGAUGACGGGUGACCCCGGCGAUGCCAGCGCAGAGUCAGGUGCCGAAGACGAAUAUGAGGAUGACCAAGAAGACGAAUUUGAUGUAGAGCAUCAUUCCCGCAAUUCGCAACCCAUCCUGCCUAUCGAGGGUGUCCCUCCAAUGGACCAGGAGGAAGCCGCAUAUUGGGUGCCCCAAGCCACCGCAGACGGUCGCUUGUUUUAUUUCAACACUUUGACCGGAACGAGUACGAUGGAGCUACCAUUGGAGAACCCGUUAUUGGCAAAUGAGACUGGCCCACGCGACCGCAAUAAUUUCUUCGUCCCAGACCAGACUCGCCCACCCCCGGAAAUGAUGGCUCGUGGUGUCGAACGCGACGAAGACGAUUACGACGGCUCUGGCUCGGAGGGAGAAGGCGAAUCAUUGAUGCUGGCUUCUCGAGAUUCGAUUUCUCGGAGACGUCGAUCAUUGGCAGAUGACGUCUCACCUGCCACCUCCAUGGAUUCUCUUAACAUAUCACCCGUCACCAAAACCUCUCAACAUGCUAUAACACACUCCGGCCAAGGUUCCUAUCUUCAUUCUAAAGACUCGAUGUCGACGCCUAUUGCUACGUCUAAUGGAUUUUCAAUUCCCCGUCACUUUGUCGAUGACACACCUGGCUCUCGAAUUGGCUGGGCUGACUUGCUCGAGAACAUGCGCCAUGCCAUCGACGCUUACCGACAAGUUGUUAGAAACGGCGAUCGCAGCGAAUACGUCCGAAAAGCAGAGGAUAUUUCAGAUCAUCUUCGCAUGUUGCUCGCUGCAGGAUCAGACACCACAGACAAUCAUUCCGGAAGCCCUUCGAUUAUCUCCCCAAAUCGCGCCUUGUAUCCAUACUUCCGGGACAUGAUGUCCAAGUUUUCCAAGCUGGUUCUUUCGUCACACGUUGCCGCUGCAGACUGGACGGGCCAUGAUUCUGCCACCAAAUGUCUGCAAGAGGCCGAUGGCGUCUGGCAAGGGGUUUCCGGAUAUGUACAGGUUGCUAGUCAACAGCGCGGUGACAAUGUCAACCGCAUCGUCCCUGGAUUUGUCCUUAACAGUUCCACAGGUGGUCACUGGCAGAACAAUGGUAUUCGAACUGGUGAAUCAGGUGCUACCUCUUUUUUGGAUCCAGAUGGCCAGGAUUCCAGCCAGGAGCCUUCCGUGACGUUGGAUGCUGCGUUGGUUGACCAGAUUGACUCUAUGAGAAAGGCCAUUGUGCUCAGCAUCAGAAAGAUUGAUGAGCACCUUAAAAUGGAACAGAAGACCAUAACUCCUCGACAACAUCAAGCCUUGAGCGACGCUAUUUGCUUGGCUGCUCUGAACGUUGUUGAGAAAUAUAGACCCUGGAUCUCCACAAUUGAAUCGAUCAAUCUGGCUCCACUUGGCACCAGUCUUCAGAAUCCACAGCUGGUUGACUUUGGUCUGCAAAAGCAGAGGGUAUACGAAACGAUGGCCGACCUCGUACUCAGCUGCCAGGCUGUUUCGGCUCCGCUUGGUGACGAGUGGGCUGAGUUACGCAGAGACUCCAUUGAAGACCGUCUCAACAACGUUCGAAGCGUCGCUCGCCAGUUGGAAGGCACUGUUUCGCAAAUAGGAUUUUCUUUGUCGCUUCUCCAGGAGCAGGUUCCCCAUGAAGCCAAUGGCCAGACCCACUUCGUCGAUGACAAUGAAGCUGCGGGCUCUGCACCAAAUCACGAACCAGGCAGACGACGGGGCACUACGUCCUCAGUCUCGGCUGUGCCAUUAGCAACCCUCAAUAUAGACGAUGAUGACACACAAGUGCGCCGCAAUAUGAACAAAGCACAGCGAUUCUUUGGUCAAGCUCCUCCUUCCACAAUCACGAGAGAACCCCUACGGGAGCCAGUGUCGAUACCGGAGGAGACUCCUUGGUUCUUGAACUUUGAUCAAGAAGGCGAAGUUUUCUAUGAUAACAAGGCUGAUGUACCUACGCUCAAAUGUGGUACGCUUGAGGGCUUGGUUGCACAAUUGACUCGUCAUGACAAGCUGGAUGCCUCCUUCAACAACACUUUCUUGCUAACAUAUCGCUCCUUUACGACUGCUGGGGAGCUUUUCGAUAAGCUCGUGCAAAGAUUCAGCAUCCAACCGCCCUAUGGAUUGACUCCAGACGAAUUGCGAAUGUGGAUCGACCGCAAACAAAAGCCGAUUCGAUUCCGUGUAGUCAAUAUUCUCAAGACGUGGUUUGAAAAUUACUGGAUGGAAACGAAUGAUGAGACAAACAUGCAACUUCUUCGUGACGUGCAUGCUUUCACACAAGACUCAAUUGCCACCACGAAAACUCCAGGAUCACCGCAGCUCCUGAGUGUUAUUGAACAACGAUUACGAGGUCAAGAUACUACAGUCAAGAAGCUAGUUCCUACACAGAAUAUGGCCACACCGACACCUAUAGUUCCAAAGAAUAUGAAGAAACUCAGAUUCCUUGACAUUGAUGCCACCGAAUUCGCCAGACAACUUACGAUUAUUGAAUCGAGGCUAUAUGGUAAGAUUCGUGCAACUGAAUGCUUGAACAAGACAUGGCAGAAAAAAGUUGGCCCUGGAGAGGCUGAACCGGCUGCAAACGUAAAAGCCUUGAUUCUACACUCCAACCAGCUUACCAACUGGGUUGCUGAGAUGAUUUUGACGCAAGGCGACGUUAAAAAGCGUGUUGUUGUCAUCAAGCACUUCGUUAAUGUAGCAGAUAAAUGUCGCGCUCUUAACAAUUACUCUACGCUUACGUCUAUCAUUUCAGCACUUGGAACAGCCCCAAUUCAUCGUUUGUCCCGGACAUGGGCUCAAGUUAGCGGUCGAACCUCGACUGUCCUCGAACAAAUGCGCAGACUUAUGGCCAGUACGAAGAACUUUGGUGAAUAUAGGGAAACUUUGCAUGCGGCAAACCCGCCAUGUAUUCCUUUCUUUGGUGUGUACUUGACCGAUUUGACUUUUAUCGAAGAUGGUAUCCCAUCACAUACGCCAUCCGACCUUAUUAACUUCAACAAACGAGCCAAAACCGCCGAGGUGAUCCGCGACAUCCAACAAUACCAAAAUGUGCCCUACCAACUACAACCCGUCCCUGAGCUGCAAGAUUACAUUUUAAGUAACAUGCAAGCGGCAGGCGACGUUCACGAGAUGUACGAUCGCAGUUUGGAAGUGGAGCCCAGAGAACGAGAAGACGAAAAGAUUGCUAGACUACUAUCGGAAUCAGGCUUCCUAUAA